AUGAGAUACUUAGACCGAGUGGGAGCGGUGGCUUAUCGUUUGUCACUUCCUCCUGAAUUAUCUUUUAUUCAUCCAGUGUUUCACGUCUCAAUGCUAAGAAAAUGUAUAUCAGACUCAUCUCAGGUGAUUGAAGCACCAACUAUACCACUUGAUGAGAAGUUGUCUUACGAGGAAGAGCCGAUGGCAAUUGUUGAUAGACAAGUAAGAAAGCUACGGUCAAAAGAAAUUGUGUUCGUAAAAGUUUUAUGGAGAAAUCAUGCCGUUGAAGAAGCUACUUGGGAAAUAGAGGAUAAUAUGCGAGUCAAGUACCCUCACUUAUUUCAGUCUACAGGUUUUGGGUUUUCGACCGGUGGUGUGGAAGAUGAGGUGUUGGGUGAAACAGGUGGUGAAGUGCCAGGAUUGUCUUGGGGAUUUGUCAUGGUGAGGAAUUUCUGA